AUGAAGUACUUAGAGAUGGUAACCCCCCAGAAUUUGGCAACAAUGGCUACAGGAGCUGGGGCUGUCUACCUGGUGGCUAAAACCAUCAUGGCAGGGAUACAGAGCCCUCCCUACAACCCAGAGCCACUUCCCUUUGCCAAACUUGCCAUAGAGCAGCAGACUCCAAAUGUUACUGUGAAGGACUCUGGAGAGCUCAGGGGAUUGCUGCUUUCCCUCAAUCCAAGGUUAGAUGACUAUGCCAAGAGAAUGAUUCUCCUUGGCAUCACACGGUGUGUUUACCUACUGGACAAAGAGGCAUCUGCCUGUACCUAUGAUGACAUCACACUAGUGGCCUCAUUCCUAGAUGAUCAAGACAUGGGUAUCAAGAUUCAGGCACUAAAUGCCCUCAAGGCCUUUGCUAGCAUCUGCAAGUUCAAAAUCAGAAUUCAGGAGUUUGUCCCCAAAGUUCUUGAAAUGAUCACUACCUUCUGGGAUAAUGAUGUGCAUAUUGCUGGGUUGAGACUGCUGAAUGCACUGCAGUUGCCGGCUCAAACUCAUUUGCUACCGAAAAAGCUUAUGCCUUCCUUGAUGGACAUUCUGCAAUCGGGGAGCCCUGUGGCCCAGGUGCAGGUUCUAAAAUUUCUUAGCAUGCUAGCCCAGAACGAAGAUCUAUUGUAUGACAUCAUGAACUGCCAGGUGCAUCCUGAAUUCAUGAACCUCUUUCAACCUUCCCAGCUGGGAAAUCUCCUCUUUGAGAUGCUGGUGCUUGUGGAACGGCUAAGUGAGGGACGUCUGACUCCCCAGUACCAGUCAAUGAACUGGCAGUACAAUGAGUUGUCCCUUCAUGAGGUCCUCUUUGGAGAAGACUCCCGUCUAUCUGACCGCCUUCUCUCCCUCAUCAUUCACCCUGAGGAACAGGUGCAAAUCCAGGCCUGCAGGGUCAUCUUGAAACUCCAGCUAAGUGAGGGCCCAGAGAUAGUAGCUGCCAGUGAAAUUGAUUCUAGCCUCAGUAACUUCCUCUUUGACUCCACGGGCAAUGCCACUAUUGCUGAAUCCAGAUUGAUGUCUGAGUAUUGA